GGGGAGCGGAGCUGGUGCCGCGGGAGCGGUGGUGGAGCGGCCGGAGAACAGCUGGGGAGGGGUCGGGGGGCGCUCCAGCAUUGGCGAGGGGAGAGCGGAGCCUGAGGGGAGCGGCUAGCGCGGGGGAAGGGCGAGGCUGCGGGGCCGGGCGGCGUGUGCCGGUCCUGCCGCUCUCUGGCGUCGUAGUUCAGUGGAAAAGGGAAGGGAUAGAAAAGGGAACUGAUUUAAAAUAGCCUCCGAUCCCUCCGGGGGCCGGUUCCCUGUCGGUGCCAUUGCGGAGGGGCAGCGGGGCUCUGGUGCAGCCGCAGCCCGGGGGGCUUGGCUGCGAGAGGGGCGGGGGUCGCUGUCCUCGCUGCUCCCCUCGCCUGGGCUUGCGGCUUUUUUUGUGGGGAAGAGGCAGGAUGAGCUUUCGGAGUUUCGCUGGAAUUUCUCCUUCCUUUCUGAGACGCUGCCGCUGUUGAAGCAGAUUUUUCCUUCCUUUCUUUUCUUUUUUUUUUUUUUCUUUUUUUUUUUUUUUUUUUGUCUGAUGCAGAAUCCCAGUAGCUAGGCAGCCUCCCUCUUUUCUUUCCUUCCUUCCUUCCACCUCUUCGCUGUGUAGGAAGGGAGAGGCAUCAAUGGAAAGGCUGAAAUACGCGUAGAUGGACUUUCGAAUGCAUUUUUUCUUGAAAGAGGAAGAUAAAUCCCUCUUGCCAGUGCACUGACUUUUGUUGGUGUUGCAUCGCUUGGUAAAAAUGGGGUUUGCUCACUCCAGCUGAAUCCUUGGAGCAUUCCAGAGAACUGCUGCAGUGAAGGACUUAUCUUUAUUUUUUCCAUCAGAGGAGCUGCAUUGAUGUUAACCAUUUUUUUGUAAAAUGGAGAACGAGAUCUUCACACCCCUUCUGGAGCAGUUCAUGUCGAGCCCUCUUGUCACCUGGGUGAAGACAUUUGGACCGCUGGCUGGAGGAAAUGGGACCAACUUGGAGGAAUAUGUGGCGCUGGUGGAUGGAGUGUAUCUGAACGAAGUCAUGAUGCAAAUCAAUCCAAAGUCUACUAAUCAGAGGAUAAACAAAAAAGUAAACAAUGAUGCAUCAUUAAGGAUUCAAAAUUUGUCUAUCUUGGUGAAACAAAUAAAAACUUACUAUCAGGAGACUUUGCAGCAGUUGAUCAUGAUGUCUUUGCCAAAUGUGCUAAUAAUUGGCAAAAAUCCUUUUUCUGAGCCAGGUACUGAAGAAGUAAAAAAGCUCCUCCUGCUUUUGCUUGGUUGUGCAGUUCAGUGUCAGAAAAAAGAAGAAUUUAUUGAAAGAAUCCAAAGUCUGGAUUUUGAUACCAGAGCAGCUGUUGCAGCCCAUAUUCAGGAGGUAACUCAUAAUCAGGAAAAUGUGUUUGACCUGCAGUGGAUGGAUGUCAUUGUGCUGACACAAGAAUAUGUUGAGCCUCUCCUGAAAAAUAUGGCACUGCAUUUAAAAAGACUUAUAGAUGAAAGAGAUGAGCACUCAGAGACCAUCAUCGAGCUGUCGGAGGAGCGGGACUGUCUCCGUUUCCUGCCGCACGCCUCGGCUGCACAGUCCCCGUGCGGUUCUCCCGGCAUGAAGCGCACCGAGAGCCGGCAGCACCUCAGCGUGGAGCUCGCCGACGCCAAGGCCAAGAUCAGGAGGCUGAGGCAGGAGCUUGAGGAAAAGACUGAGCAGCUGCUUGACUGUAAACAAGAACUAGAACAGAUGGAAGCUGAACUGAAGAGACUUCAGCAAGAGAACAUGAACCUGCUGUCGGAUGCCCGCUCUGCCAGGGUGUACCGGGAUGAGCUGGAUGCGCUGCGGGAGAAGGCAAUCCGCGUGGACAAGCUGGAGAGCGAAGUCAGCCGCUACAAAGAGAGGCUCCAUGACAUUGAGUUCUACAAAGCCAGGGUGGAGGAGUUAAAGGAAGACAAUCAAGUGUUGCUAGAAACCAAGACAAUGUUGGAAGAUCAAUUAGAGGGGACCCGAGCGCGUUCGGAUAAACUGCACGAGUUAGAAAAAGAGAAUUUACAACUAAAAGCUAAAUUGCAUGAUAUGGAGAUGGAGCGUGAUAUGGACAGAAAGAAGAUUGAGGAGCUCAUGGAGGAAAAUAUGACCCUAGAAAUGGCUCAGAAACAAAGUAUGGAUGAGUCUUUGCAUCUUGGCUGGGAGCUGGAGCAGAUAAACAGGACUACUGAACUUUCUGAAGUGCCACAAAAAUCACUGGGCCAUGAGGUGAAUGAGCUGACAUCCAGCAGGUUACUCAAGCUGGAAAUGGAAAACCAAAGUUUACUGAAGACCGUGGAAGAGCUGCAAAGUGCAGUGGGCUCUGUGGAAGGCAGCAGUUCAAGGAUUCUGAAAAUGGAAAAAGAAAACCAAAGACUUAGCAAGAAGCUUGAAGAACUGGAGAAUGAAAUUAGCCAAGAGAAACAAAGUCUUCAGAACAGUCAAAAUCAGAGUAAAGAUUUGAUGAAAGAAAAAGCACAGCUUGAAAAGACACUUGAAGCACUUCGAGAGAACUCCGAGCGGCAAAUUAAACUCUUAGAACAAGAAAAUGAGCACUUGAAUCAAACUGUGGCUUCUCUAAGGCAGCGCUCAGAAAUCAGUGCUGAGGCAAGAAUGAAAGAAAUUGAGAAGGAAAAUAAAAUCCUCCAUGAGUCUAUCAAAGAGACCAGCAGUAAGUUAAAUAAGCUUGAAUUUGAAAAAAAACAAGUCAGGAAAGAGCUGGAACACUACAAAGAGAAAGGGGAGAGAGCAGAAGAAUUAGAGAACGAACUGCAUCGUACGGAGAAGGAAAAUGAGUUAUUACAGAAGAAAAUCACCAACCUAAAAAUCACUUGUGAGAAGAUCGAGGCCUUAGAACAAGAGAACUCUGACCUGGAGACGGAGAACAGAAAGCUGAAAAAAACCUUGGAUAGCCUGAAAAACCUCACUUUUCAAUUAGAGUCGUUAGAAAAAGAGAAUUCCCAGCUUGAUGAAGAAAAUUUAGAGCUACGGAGGACAAUUGAAUCCUUAAAGUGUACAAGCAUUAAAGUGGCACAGUUACAGUUAGAAAAUAAGGAGCUGGAGAGUGAAAAGGAGCAGCUCAAAAAAAGCCUUGAACUGAUGAAAGCCUCUUUUAAGAAGACUGAACGCUUGGAAGUGAGUUACCAAGGCCUGGACACAGAAAACCAAAGGCUACAAAAAGCCCUGGAAAACAGCAAUAAGAAGAUUCAGCAAUUAGAGAGCGAAUUACAAGAUUUAGAGACUGAAAAUCAGACCCUGCAAAAGAACUUGGAAGAGUUAAAAAUCUCUAGUAAACGCCUGGAGCAGUUGGAAAAGGAGAAUAAGUUGUUAGAACAAGAGACUUCACAACUGGAAAAGGAUAAGAAACAGCUGGAAAAGGAAAAUAAAAGGCUUCGACAGCAAGCAGAAAUUAAAGAUAGUACCUUAGAAGAAAAUAAUGUCAAAAUCAGUAAUCUGGAAAGGGAAAAUAAAUCUCUGUUUAAAGAAAUAGUUGUAUACAAAGAGUCGUGUCUGCGCGUGAAAGAACUGGAAAAGGAAAACAAGGAACUGGUGAAAAGAGCUACCAUUGAUAAGAAAACCCUGGUCACUUUGAGAGAGGACUUGGUGAAUGAGAAAUUGAAGACUCAACAGAUGAACAAUGAUCUAGAAAAACUGGCCCAUGAGCUUGAGAAAAUUGGCUUGAACAAGGAGCGUCUCCUGCACGAUGAGCAGAGCAGUGAUGACAGUAGGUACAAGCUUUUGGAGUCCAAAUUAGAAUCCACACUCAAGAAGUCUCUGGAAAUAAAAGAAGAAAAAAUUGCUGCUUUGGAGGCUCGUUUGGAAGAAUCAACAAAUCUAAACCAGCAGCUACGUCAGGAACUGAAAACAGUGAAGAAGAACUAUGAAGCUCUCAAGCAAAGACAAGAAGAGGAAAGAAUGGUUCAGAAUUCUCCUCCAAGAAGUGGAGAAGGAAAUCAGUCUGUCAAUAAGUGGGAGAAAGAAAAUCAGGAGACUACUAGAGAAUUACUGAAAGUUAAAGAUAGAUUAAUCGAGGUGGAGAGGAAUAAUGCAACGCUGCAGGCGGAGAAGCAGGCGCUGAAAACACAGCUCAAGCAGCUCGAGACACAGAACAACAACCUGCAGGCCCAGAUCCUGGCCCUGCAGAGACAGACUGUGUCCCUGCAAGAGCAAAACACUACUCUGCAAACUCAGAAUGCCAAACUGCAGGUUGAGAAUUCCACGCUGAACUCGCAGAGCACGUCCCUGAUGAACCAGAACGCACAGCUGCUGAUCCAGCAGUCGUCCCUGGAGAACGAGAACGAGGCCGUGCUGAAAGAGCGCGAGGACCUGAAGGGGCUCUACGAGGCCCUGCUCAAGGACCACGAGCGCCUGGAGCUGCUGCACGAGCGCCAGGCCACCGAGUACGAGUCCCUCAUUGCCAAGCACGGCAGCCUCAAGUCUGCUCACAAGAACCUGGAGGUGGAGCACAAGGACUUGGAGGAUAGGUACAAUCAGUUGCUGAAACAGAAAGUGCAGCUGGAAGAACUGGAGAAGGUUCUCAAGACAGAGCAGGACAAAAUGCUUCAGCAAAGUGAGAAGCAUGAAACUGUGGCAGCAGAAUAUAAAAGACUUCGGGAUGAAAAUGAAAGGCUCACUCACACAUACAAUCAGCUCCUGAGGGAGAAUGAAGUGCUACAAACUGACCACAAGAAUCUGAAAACAUUAUUGAACAGUUCCAAACUGGAACAAACACGGUUGGAAGCUGAGUUUUCUAAACUCAAAGAACAGUACCAGCAACUGGAUAUUACAUCAACAAAGCUAAAUAAUCAGUGUGAGCUGCUCAGCCAACUUAAAGGAAACCUGGAGGAGGAAAACAGACACCUGCUGGAUCAAAUCCAGACCUUAAUGCUUCAGAACAGAACUUUACUGGAGCAGAAUAUGGAAAGCAAGGAUCUCUUCCAUGUAGAGCAAAGGCAGUACAUUGACAAACUGAAUGAAUUGAGGCGGCAGAAGGAGAAACUGGAAGAGAAGAUAAUGGAUCAGUAUAAGUUUUAUGAGCCAUCUCCACCAAGAAGAAGGGGCAACUGGAUCACCCUGAAGAUGAGGAAGCUGAUCAAGUCCAAGAAGGACGGGAACCGCGAGCGCCUCAAGUCGGCAACGCUGACACCCACGCGCUCCGAGUCCAGCGAGGGAUUCCUGCAGCUGCCCCACCAGGACAGCCAGGACAGCUCCUCUGUGGGCUCCAACUCCCUGGAGGACGGGCAGACCCUGGGCACCAAAAAGAGUAGUAUGGGUGCACUGAAAAGACUGCCCUUUUUGAGGAACAGACCGAAGGAAAAAGACAAAAUGAAGGCCUUCUACCGUCGCUCCAUGUCCAUGAAUGACCUGGUGCAGUCCAUGGUCCUGGCAGGAGGACAAUGGACAGGUAGUUCUGAGCAUCUGGAGGGUCCUGAUGAUAUAUCCACGGGUAAAAGGAGGAAGGAAUUGGGAGCUAUGGCCUUCUCUACUACAGCUAUCAACUUUGCCACUGUCAACUCCUCCACAGGCUUCAGAUCCAAGCAGUUGCUAAAUAAUAAAGAUACCACAUCCUUUGAAGAUGUAAGUCCACAAGGUAUUAGUGAUGAUUCUAGUACAGGAUCAAGAGUUCAUGGAGUACAGGACUUUAUCUGUGCAGAUGCUCUUGCUCCUCCUGUCCGUGGCAUUCCAGCCCUGUGCAGGGUUCCCUGUCAGAUCUGUUUGCCAUUUUCCAAAGUGUCCUCUUGGACCGCCUGGAAAUUCCUUCGCUUUCUGAUCUCUUCCAGACCAGCCAGCCUUGAUAGUGGCAGGACAUCCACUAGCAAUAGCAAUAACAAUGCUUCACUCCAUGAAGUCAAAGUAGGUGCAGUGAACAGCCAGAGCAGGCCCCAGAGCCACAGCAGCGGGGAGUUCAGCCUGCUCCACGAGCACGAGGCCUGGUCCAGCAGCAGCAGCAGCCCCAUCCAGUACCUGAAGGGGCACACCAGGUCCAGCCCUGUGCUCCAGCACAGGACGCCCGAGAUGCCGGAGAGUCGUGGCAAACAGACCAAAACAGGCUCCCCUGGCAGUGAAGUUGUCACCCUGCAGCAGUUCCUGGAAGAAAGCAACAAGAGUAACUCCAGUGAGAUGAAAUCUGCGAGUGAGGAGAACCUUUUAGAUGAAGUGAUGAGAAGUUUGUCUGAGUCUGCGGAGCUGGCAGGGAGGGAGAAGCUCCGAAAGGAGCCGGCAGCUGCCUGUGGGAUCGUGAGAUCCCUGAGUGUCAGAAACACAGUUGAUUUCUCAGACGGACGAUCCCUUAAACCAGAACAGCUCGUAAGGCCCAGCCUCCGGAAGACUGAAGAUCUCUACUUUAGUAGCUCUCCAAUCAAAUUCACCCCUGGCACCCAGGGGAAGGCCCGGUCCGUGAAAGAAAAGAUCCAAGCAACUGUGACCCAGCGACAAUCCAGGGACUGCAACCCCUACGCCACCUUACCUCGUGCCAGCAGCGUGAUUUCCACGGCAGAGGGAACCACCCGGAGGACAAGCAUCCAUGAUUUUUUGUCUAAGGACAGUAGGCCGCCCGUGUCCGUGGAUGCAGCCCCGGCCCCGACUGACAGGAGUGCUCCGCCCACCUCCAAUGUGGAAGCUAUCCCAGAAAGCAGAAAUUCAAAAAGCAGGUCUAGGGAGCAACAAAGCUCCUAAUUCUAUUACCCACUACCUGAGCUGUGGGCCAAGUGAGAGAAAAGUGUCCUUCAGUAUCUCAGUGUGAAGCCUUUAUAUCUGAAGUAACAAGACAGCGACUGUAGGAAUCAUUAAUAAAACUUAAGGGAAUUUUUUACAUUCUUCGUGACUAGAGCAGGCAAGAAAUAAAAACCUACCUACCUACCUUCCUUCCUUGAAUCAAGGAGCGCUACUGGAGUCUACUGCCGAAAAUGUGUAGAUGGUCUUAGGAAUUAUUGCACAUUGCACUGUUAAGAUCUACUGAAUAAAGGACAGAUCUCAUCUCCCUAAGGACCAAGGAUUCUAAGGUCUCAAGAAUUACUCCAGGGAAAAAAAAAAAAAAAAAAAAAAAAACACAAAAACAAACAAAAAAACCCCAAAACUUCUUUCAUCUUCUGUUUUUGAAAUUAGCCACUGAUUUGCUUAAGCUUCUGCUAAUAAUUAGCCAAAAACCCCCAAACUAGCAGUUUCUAUUUACAUCUGUAAAUCUGAAGGAAAUGCUGUAGAAUUUUGUUGAAAUGGACUGUAUAUACAGAUACAAAAACCUCACAGCUACUGGCACUUCACUGCCUUAUUUGGUUAGCAUAAUCUGCAUGAAAUUGCUCUUAAGAAAGUUUAUGCUGAUUUUUGUUGCAUACUGCAAGAGAAAAAUUUGUUUACAUCCAUGGAAAAUCUUGGUAACUAACAGAAGUGGGAGUCAUGGGAUAAUGGUAUUAUAGACACAUUGUCCUUUGUGUUUUUCACAUUCCCGAGUUACUCUGCAUAUGUAUGUUCAGAUGUUUCUGACAGGAAAUUGUCAGGUAUGGUUUUUCUACAACUUUUAUUUUAAUAUAAGGCUGUUUUCCACAAAUGCCAUUUCCAGGAUAAGACUGUCUUACAAUGUUUGUGUAUUGACUAAUUUUUUUUUUUUUACUGUUUGUCUUUUGACAUGAGCUGAUUGUGGCUUAGGAAGUUUUUUGAUGGCAAAAAGAAAUGUAAAUAAUAUCAUAUGCAUUUUACAAUCAGUUCCCUCUAAGGUUAUCUUUUACUAGAAACAUUUUGUUCAUAUAUUGAUUUAUAUUAAAGUCAACAAACAUUAUUGGUACAUUUGGUGGUUGCAUAUAUUUGUCUGGAAAGAUUUGCAGUGAGCUCAGAGGAAGGCGUCAGGAACUGAGACCCAAAACGAGUUGUUGUAUUUUAUUAAAGCAAAUAAGCACAUUCCUGUUCCUUACGUAAAGGGUUGAGUUCCCUGUGUCACCUCCAAGUGUUCAACAGGCAGGUGCAUCAUAUCACCUGCGGCUUCUGAAGAAGGUGAGCCUCACUGCUGAAGGCAGUUGAACAGAUUCAAAAGCUUGAAAUCUUCUCAAAAAGGGAGAAAAAAAGAGGCAUGUGCCAUAAGCUUUAGAAGGGGACAUUUUCUGUUUGUUUUCUUUAAAAUGAGUUUCUUCCGAACUUUUUUUUUUUGUGAUAAAAUAGGCUAAAAGAUCUAUACUAAGAGCAUAGCGGGUAUGACAGACAAUUCAAACACCCAUAAAGAUUAGGAAAGUCUCUCUUAACUCUGAAUGACAGCGUGUUCAAGCUCAUUUCAGGGCCUGUGCCUGGGUUCUCACUCUGCUGACAGAGGACUGAUGCAGCUCAAGCUCCCCAACCAGAGCAGUUAGUCACAUUACUGUUACAGAAAAAUGCAUGGCUGGAACCAAGCUGCUGAAACUGCAGUGCUAAAUGCUGCCAGGAUCCGAACGGGGUGGCUGUGUCUGGGGACACUGUCACUGUCGCGACUCUUGGCAUGCAGUCCCAUGUGUGGAGCACUGCUGAGCACGUGUAAUUGCUCAGCACACCUGGAUGUGUCCUUUCCAUCACACAGGGAUCCCCUCCCUUCCACUGACCAGCUCAACUCUUCUCAAGCUGUCCUUUUUGCUUUGCAGAGAAGUUUCGUGGCACUCGAGCAGUCAGGUGUCUCUCUGUCCUCUGCCAAUUCCCCUUUUCUUCUUCCUUUCUUAACCUUCCCAGUCUGUGCCCUUAAAGGGAAGUAACAAACCAAAUUUAACCUCGGAGCAGUUUCUCAGUUCCUGCUACUCCCAAUGCCAGGGAUGCACAUGGUAGCUUUGUACCCCAGGAAUCCCAAACCCAGCACUGCCAGGUCUAGGUUACAAAGGAGGUUCUCAUGCCAUACAAUGUGUAUGUUCUAUUUACUUUUCUGGUAGUCUCUGAGGAUUAAGUAACAUUCCCACCACCUAGUAUUAUUAUUUCUAAAUUUUGUCCAGGACAUGAUGCAGCCUAGGAAAGGGAGCUCAUGUGUGAUUUUUAGGGGUAGCUGAUGAUGUAUGUGUAAAUAAUGCUUUGAUAUUAAUAAAACUGCCUUAAAGGAAUGUACUGAGGUGUGAAACAGAACUUAAAAAGCUCUUAUUUAAAACUGUAAUUUCCUUUACAUAUUGAUUUUUUAAUGUUUGCCAUUGUAUACAUUUAUUAAUGAUGUUAUUAAAAUGCCAAACCAAAUAAUUUUUAUUCUUAUUUUGUGUGUGUAUAUUUAUACACACUUUUUUUCUGGAAACUGAUGUUACUGGAAGGGUAUUGGUGUCGUGGUGAUCUGUGCAGUGAGUAUUUCUUCUGGAAGGAAACUGAUAAAACUGUAGCAGAAUUUUUCUGGA